AUGAAUAAUUUCAGUGGUGAGCGAAGUAGGCGCCGUUUCUUAGAUUUUGGCGUGUUACCUACAUUUCAAUAUCCAAUAUCGAAUUAUUCGACGAGCGUCCAAACGAAAACAGAGAUGAAGAAUACGUUCGAAGAAAAAUUCUUUGCGAAUAAUUUGCAUCUUAUACAAGAUCCUUUGAAAAAGAACCUCGCCAAUACUGUGUUAACAGGCGAAGAUAAAACAAACAUGGGAAAAACAAAGGUAACGAUGACAAAGGAACCGAAAAUGCCUCAGAAUGAUUACUAUUCAGGCAUCACGGGACUUCUAACAGGGAUAUUAAACUUCAUGGGUCUGUCCCAAACGCGUCCCACUACAUCCAAACACCACGAGACUGAUCACGACCACCAGAUGGCGUCACGGAACUGGCAAUACCCCAAAUGCGAGGUUCAAAAUAAAAAUGAACGGGAUAAUAAUACAAAUAUGGACAUAGAAGUCUGUAGAUUACUCCCUGACAUCUCUGCUAAUAAAAAUAAGUGCACCAAUCUCUUAUCAGAGUUCCAGCCUUCGGUAGCAAAAGAGUCAUUUAUUCCUAAUAAUUCACAAGAUAUUGAUAUAAGCCUUUUCAAUGAGAGUAGUAUAGAAUAUUUCUGUCCAAGCACUUACCAAGAACCCGAACUGUGUGAGACAGCGGCACAGGGAGUAAAGACUGAGAUAUUUAACAUAUGUGUGGACGUCGGAAACACACGAGCAUACAGUAAGACUGAAUUAAAUGAGAGUAUGGAGGUCGAGAAGCAUAUACAGACAGACGGACUGGAGUUAAUAGGAAAAACAAGAGACACAGUAUCGGCAUGUGAGGAUAAAAUGUCUAAAUUAAAAGCUUUACUUAAAUGCAGACAAAACAAAAGCUAUGAAUCAUCACUACCGAGUCAUGAUAAGACAAAACCGGUCGAUAUUCCAAGUAAAGAACCAGAAACAGUACAAGAUACUAUAUUUGCAAACGAAAUAGCCUCGUCUAAUUUGACCGAUAGCUUCAAUGAAGUCUCCGGUAAAUUCUGUUCAUCGGUUGAAAGCGAGGAUUCCUUCCAAAUCGUGUUCACGGACAGCCCACAGAAUUUUGAGAGACGUCGCAUUCCAUCGGAUUGUGAAUCCGAGGACUCGUUCAUCGUUUUUGAGGAUACACCGGAAAACUGUUACACUAAUAACGAUGUUUUUGGUGAUGAUAGCUCGGACUCGGAUUCAGUGGUUGAAGAAUCGAUGUGCAUAGCUCAGUUAUCACCGAACCUAUCGAAGACAUUCAGUGACCUAACGGAUAGUAGCCUGUACAGCGAGGAUGUGGUCGACUUUGCCGUUAAGUGUGAUGAUGAAGACAAUAUCCACCAGCCAUUCACGGGACUUCUGAUAGAUGAGAAACGGAAACAGGAGAAGCUACAGCAGCCUAAAAAAAGGGUUCGUUUCUCAUCGCAGCCUCCAAAGGUCCACGUAAUGAGGGUCUGGGCCUUCGCAGCCCGGCAGGCCCGCGCCGGCAACUGGGAGAGGCACGCCUUGGACAGAGAGAGAUUUAAGAGAAGAAUAGCAGAUGUAGAAAUGGCUAUAUCCUGGGUCUUGAAGCCACAGCACCGAUCAAGGAUAGUCUUCCAACGAUUCAUGCCCUGGUGGAACGCUGAGAGAAGAAGGGAAUUAAUGGAGAAGAAUAAAGAAGAUGAGAAAAAGGAAGCGGAGAAGCUCGUUAAACAGAAUGAUGAGAAUUCAAUUAAAAUAAAAACAUCAAGCAAGGUGAUGAAUGAUGAUGAGAAUGAUGAAUCAAUACAUAGUGAUUGUGAUGGAAUUAAAGGAAAAGUAAUAGUUGACAACAUCGAAACAAAAUGUCCAAUAAAUAAUUUGACAAUACUUGAUACUUGA